AUGAUUAAGGUUGUCCAACCAGGCCAUAUCACAUCCAAGUCAUUCAAGCUGCAGAAGUAUGUUGAGAUGCAGCUCAAGAACGAUGACCGCAUUGUCAGCAACACAAAAGGGUCGGUGUACUACUACAAGAAAGGUCACCGCAUGAACUUCCUGCCCCCAAUGACUCCAUUCUUCUGGGAUGAAGCACAGAUAACUAUAUCCAAGGGAGCGAAUUUCUUUUUAGUUAUGACAUUUGGUACCGGUGUUGUCCUGGAGUAUCGUGGGAUUGCAGGAGAGUUUGUCAACCAACAGGGGAAGAUGCAGCAGAAUGAAGUAUGGAAAAGCAGGGAUGCCAAUCUGAUUAAUGUUCGUCUAGAAUCUGUUGAGGUGGGUAAACGUGUGAGAGUGGUGAUUGCAAUAAAAGGUUUGGACGUUCUGACUGAAGAGGUUGAUGGCUGGCACAUGAGGCUGGAACUCCUCUCAAAGAAAGCUGGAUAUUAUACCAUACAUACACCUGGCAUUAAGAGGGAGUGGCAGUGGAAUGAAAAUUACUUUAGUGAAGGGUCUUGUCUAGAGGUGAUGGUGGAUGAAAACACAACACAUCCAGCAGUCAUCAAGGAGAAGUCAGCUGACGGAUACCUCACUCUAGAUGUAAAUGGGGAACAGAUGGAGCAUGUCUACACCAGCCCUAAGCUCAGACCUGCUGGAACUACCUCUGCUCUCUCAACCCUACUGGCAUCAACUUUAAAACCUGGUGAGACAGGUGUUGAAAGAAGUCCAGUGCCAGUAUGGUCAUUUCUAAAGCUCCAGGUACCCUGUGGCUUUAGAGCACUGCUUACACCUGCAGUCAACAGCCGACCAGGUCAAAGUUCAGAUCAAGAAAGGCCCCAAAAUUUGGUUACAGCCUGUACAGGGAUUAGCUUUCCUUCAGUUCUUUAUGCCAAGCAAGUUCAGCUGAGGGAUAGUGUAGAAAAGAUUAUGUUUACUGAUGGCAAAUGGAACUUUCCAAUGACUGCCCUAAUGCUGCUACCCAGCAGACUAUCUAAAGUGGACAUGACUGCAUGUUCUCAGCAAAGUUUAACAGGAAAGUUUAAAUUACAUCCCCUGUGCUGCUUCAGAGGGGAUGUAAACACAGUUCUGUCCUCUGGUCCGUGUGUGCCCCAGCUGAAAACUUUAGAAUGCUACCAUGUUGUCCACAUGCUGGACAAUACCGGGUUUGAGCUGGACAACAUCCGGCUAGAGGACUCUGGAGAGACACCUACAGCAGAGUUUGACUUUGAUCAAGUUUUAUCUGGCCAGUCACCAGAGCUGGGCCUGCUGUGGGCUUGGAUGAUUAUGGUGCUUAGACUUCAACAUGAUGAUUUAACAGAGAUAAAGAAAAUAACCAAAGACAUUCCAAAGAUAGAGAAUGUAUCAACACAUCAGGUCAAUUCUGGACUCCGACAAGUGCUGACUUUUCUAAGUCAGGCACUUUUUAUGAGUUUUGGCAAAGACUUCCAGUUCAAAGAAAUAAUUUCGGAAGCAACUAUUGAGCUUUGGAGUGCACUGAUGCUACAGUUUGGAGAAUCUCAGGGGCUUGUCCGAGUGUCCCAACUCUUCACUGCUGAGAGUAUUUUGGUGUGCGAAUCUCACAGUGCAGCCUGGCAAGUCAACAGGCAACUGGAGCACUUCUCAGAGUUGCCAGGACUUUACCCACAGUUUGUCUACUCUCUUAACCUCAGUGGGAACAAGAUUUCUGACCUGCCUCCACAGCUGUUCACUUCGAUGCCAAACCUGAAGGAUCUGUGUGUGAGCAACAACAGGAUCUCCUCCAUCCCAGUAGAGAUUGGCAACUGUAAACAGUUGUCCAACCUGGCAAUAGCAGAAAACAAUUUGAAGGACCUGCCCAGCACCCUGCACAGAUGCCAGGACAUUUUACGCUUAGACAUGGAGAAAAAUAAUUUUACAGAGCUCCCAUCAGUGGUUCUAAAACUGAAGAAUUUGAAGCGCCUGUAUGCCCAGCACCUCCAGCUGCUCUCACUGCCAGAAAACAUUGGUGACCUUGACAACCUGGAGACCCUGUCACUCAGCGGGAACUGCCUGACGUCCCUCCCUGACAGCAUGCGCAAGAUGCAAAAACUGACCACUCUGUCCAUGAAUGGGGUGGUCUGGCUGAAGAGUCGCAGCAACAGUUUGCUGUCCAGGGAGAACUUUGAGGAUUUUCUCAAGGUCAACAACCUGCACCAGUGGCUGGACAGGCGCAAUCAGGACAAGUCCUCCAUCUUCCAACUGUUUGAUGAGGACACCAAUGGUACUUUAGACUCCAGGGAGAUUGGGAAACUCAAUGCUACCAUGUUCCACAUCUUCCCCAGGUUUGGCUACAUGGGCAAACAGCAGCCAGAUGAUGAUACACCCAGUGGGUUCCCUGAAGUGCUGUUUGAGUUGAAGAACCUGCAGUACCUGUCCUUACAGUUUCUUGGCAUUGUCAGCGUCCCAGAGGACAUAAAAAAAUUAACAAAACUUUCCACACUCCAUCUUGGCAACAACCCUAAUUUGUUGACCAUUUCUGCACAUGUUGGAUCCUUACCUUUAAAACGUCUUGAACUGGAGGCGUGCCCUCGUCUGAAAACUCCUCCCAAAGAGAUCAGGGCUAAAGGUUUUGUAACCACAAUGGCAUACCUCAAACGUCUGGUCACGGGGUCAGUGACCUGUCACAGGACUAAACUGAUGCUGGUUGGGCUAGGGGGAGCAGGUAAAACCAGCCUUGUCAGAACUCUGCUAAGUGGGGGAAAGACAAAGCUAACUAUGGAAGAAGAGUUAACAGAUGGGAUUGACAUUUCCUCUUGGUCAGUGCCUACAGAGGAAGGGGAGUUAACCUUCAGUGUUUGGGACUUUGCUGGUCAAACUGUCUACUACAAUACCCAUCAGUUCUUCCUGUCAGACAGAGCGGUUUACCUUCUCUUGUGGAACAUCCGUCUGGGCCACGAACAUGCUGGUCUACAAUUUUGGCUGAGCUCUGUGUCCGUCCAUGCACCCAAAGCCCCCAUUUUUGUUGUUGGUACUCAUCUGGACAAGAUGUCAAAAGUGGAGUUGCCCAUCAUAGAGUUACAGAAGAAAUACCCACAAAUAAUUGGGUUCCAUUUUGUUUCUUCUCUCACUGGCCAGGGCAUAGAAGAGUUAAAGAAACAGCUGAUACAAGAAACAUUGAAACAACAAUAUAUUGGAGAAAAAAUACCAGGAGUCUGGCUCAGCUUUGAAGAAUCAAUUAAGAGUAUACAUGAUAGAAAUGUGAUUGAAUAUAAGGAGCUAGAGACCAAAGCGAACAGAUCUGGCAUAUUUGAUAGUACUGAGGUAGCCCAGGCAGUACAGUUUUUACAUGAACUUGGUUCUCUGCAACACUUCAGCAACGCCAAUCUCAAGUCACAUGUUGUCAUAAACCCACAGUGGAUAGUUGAUGUCAUGGCAUGUGUGGUGUCUGUCAAAGAUUCUCAUAUCAAGGAUGGCAGGCUACUGCACUCUGAACUGUCAAAAGUAUGGGAAAAGUAUGACCCAUCACUCUAUACGUGGCUGCUGAAACUGACAGAAGAGUUUGACUUAACUUUCCCAUUGAAGGAUGAACCUGUCAAUCUAGUGCCAUGCUUACUGCCAGAGGUUCAACCACAGUUUGAUUGGCCAGAACUGCAUAAAAAUAGCUUUGAGAAGGAGACAAAAAUAGUUUAUAAAUUUGAUUACCUCCCUGCUGGAUUGUUUAACAGAGGACAGGUGAGGCUGCACCAGUUUAGUGACAGCGCCCUGAUAUGGAAACGUGGCUCUUACUUGAAGAAAAAUGGCCACAUCUGUCUCAUACAGCAAACACAGGAGUGUGAACUGACUGUAAGGGCACAUGGGCCACACCCAGACAACGUGGUGCUGCUGGUCCAUGAAAUGUUUGAGAGUCUGAUCAUUGAAUCAUUUCAAGGGAUUAUGUACGACUUCUUCUUGCCUUGUCCUGACUGCAUGAGCGUGGCAGCAAAAGAUCCUCACAUGUUUCCUGCCUCCAUCAUCAGAAGAGCUACAGAACUUAAGUCACCAUUCUUACAGUGCUUAAAGUAUUUCCAUACUAUUUCAAUGACUGACUUGCAUGCCAUAAUGCCACCAGACAACAACCAAGAUUUCGACCUUCACCUUGUGCAGGCUGUGAGAGGAAUGAAAGAGCUGCAGAAAGAUUUAAUUGCUGAUAUUUUUGUGUGUUUCUGUGAAAAAGACAAUGUGGCCAGAGAUAAAGAGUCAGUCCUACCAAGCAGGGUUGUUGAAGAUGUGGAAAAAACUGGCUAUAAAUGCUGGAAACCCAAGGAAAGUGAAUCUAUUGAUGAGAUGGCAAAGGCGUUGGUUGACGUGAAGAUAUUUUUGGUGUUUAUGUCCAACAACUUUGUCCAGGACGAGCUGUGCUGUAAUUUAUUCAAGUAUGCCAGGUUGACUUUGAGAAAGCCAAUUAUACUUGUUGCCAUCGGGGAGAACACAGAAUGGACUAAAAGUAAUAUGGGAAUUCUUGUUGUUGAUGAGGUAUACGUCAAUAUGAUGAAGGCUAGCAGAUACAAUCACAAAAUGGAAGAACUGACAGCAAUGUUAAAAGAAAAACAUGCCAUCAAGAAGGAGAGAUCUAGGUCAAAACAUUACCCACCAUGCUUUAUUUCUUACUCCUGGCUCAAUUCUGCUCAAGCUGUUGCUAAAGGUUCAAGGAAAGAAGAGGGAGCCAUAGGUUAUGGAGACCCAAGGGAGAUCAAAAGCUUUCUUGAACAAAAUGGCAUCAAGUGUUGGAUUGAUGUAGAAAGAGUUGGAGCCCAUGGUUUGUUCGAGGACAUUGGUGAGGGCCUGAUCAACUGUCAGGUGGUCGUGGUCUGUAUAUCAGAUGAGUACACAGUGUCAGAGAACUGUGAAAGAGAGUUCCGCUAUGCUGCCAACACACUGAAGCUGCCCAUUGUCCUGGCUAUUGUUGGGACUGGAAACAAAUGGAGGGCAAAAGAGCUGGGAAUCUUGUCUCUGACAUACCCACUGGUCAGUUUCCAAGAAAAAAGUGAGACAGCCAUGGGGAAACUUCUGGAACUUGUCCGCUCCAACAUCCCUAACGAUGAGCAGGCUCGGAGAGAGAGGAAGAGUGAGAGAAAGAAGAGGAAAAAAGAUGAUGAAAAUAAACAAAUUCAAGAACAAAAAAGGCUAUCCUUUCAGGAGCUCUGUGAACUGGCCCAGCGCAAGUUUUUACGCCAAGUUAGCCAGUAUGCUGACAGGAUAGACAUAAUCCCCUACCCUAAUUUAAUGAUGGUCGAUCUUUGUCCUGAAGAGAAAGGGCAGGAAGAGAACCCGGAGAAACAUGAAACGGAAACCAAUGAAACAAAGCGUCCUCAAAUUGAAAGAAAAUUUUCAAAAUUGUCAGCCGCUUCAGAAAUAUAUGAUCAGAAAUUCUGUGUUUAUCUCUUGUGUGAACAUGAGGAGGGGUGGCAUACCAGUGGAAACCCUAUCUUGUUGGAUUCAAAAUUUGGUCACAAUUUUGACAAAUACCUGCCUUAUGUAGCCAGAAUAACUGCCAUUGCCAAAUUCAGCAAGAAAAUUGUGCUUAACUCCCUUACUUCAGAAAUCGGGCAAAAAUAUCUCAAACUGCUUGAGGAGAGUCCCACUGUGGCAUUGACAGCAGAUCUGCAGGAAAGUUAUGGAGAGCUCAGGCAGAUGGUUCUAGAGGUUGAUGCUGCUCAUGUCAAGGGAAAGUUAGAAAGGUGUCUACUGCCAAGUGGCAAACAUAUCUGGCUGUGCGAGGCUCAUCGUAAGAACGCCAGGGUGACAGUCAUGUCGAGGGAGUCUGUUGUGAACACACUUCAGCACCAGAGUGAAACCUUGGGGGUGGACCACAUGCUACAGGCUCUACAGGAACUAGACCCACUUGCCCUACCCCAGAAGCUGCGGCUUUCUUUAGCAGGCAGUGAGGGGAAUUUGCAAGUCAAAGCUCCUCUAAAAUCAAGCCCAGCUAAAAGUUCCAUCAAAAAUAAAACAGAGUUAUCUCAGCCUGUCAGCUUGCAGACUGGAGUGUCUGAUGACAACAAACAAGAGAAGAGGGGAGAACACUCUACACACAAACCACAAGAAGAAAACAGGCCCAAUACAGCAACUAGCAGGGCUUGUAUAGUUAUGUAACUUUUAGAAAUAAAUUUUAGCUACUUUAAUAUUCAUUCACUAAUGAAAUUUAGUACAAGUUUUUAUUUGGUAAUUUUUUGUAAACAUCCUGGCCUGUAUUCCCAUCUUAUUUCUUAUUGUCCAUAUUAAACUUAACUAAACACAGAAUGCACAUUUUAACGGUUUAGCAGUUUAUUUAAAGUAAACAAAUAUUAUAUCACAAGCAUAGUCUAAUUAACUCUUUUACAAGUACUCUGACACUAAGCUUUCUGUUUUCUUUCCAGGAUUUUUUUUUUAAAUUUACAAAAUAUAAUUUUAAUGUACAUUGUAUCCUACUUUUAACUUGUGUUUUUCCUAGUAAUUGUUUCUAAAAAAACAAUUUUUUAUUCUGGCACAUUUCAUGUUUUGUCUAGAUUUUUAUUUAGACAAAAACUAAAUUUACACACUGUAAAAUUUUUUAUUGUUAUUUAACUUUAGAUACAACUAUUUUUACAAAACUUUUGUGGUUUGCUAAUACUUCAUAACUAAAAGUGACACUUAGAUUGCAUGAGAGUGUUAUAGAUAGAGGUUGCUGUUUUUAGCCUUUAUAAUCAGCCUACAAGACAUUUGCUCAACUUUUAGUAGACCUACUGUCUGCUAGUGUUAAGAUUUUAAA